UCUUUGUCCAGUUCCUCGAGAUUUAUGUCGUUUUGGUCCAUAUUUGCAACUCAAUUUGACAUACUGAUAAGUACAUUCACUAUUAGCCCCUUCGAUUGGAUGUGUAGCUAAAGAUAACGAGUUACUUUUGCAGAAAAGCACUUUUUUUCUUGCUGGUAGUUUUUUAAAUGUUCUUCAAAAUCAUUCCAGCUAUCAAAGUGUUCGUCAAGCCUGAUUCUGCUCUCGCCUUUAACACUUUUUCUAGACAUUUCGAAGAAUGCUCAAAGAGCCGCACUCUUACCUCGCCUUUUCUUAAACUGACGAAAGUAAUUCACACAGUAAUUAGAUUUAUAUAAUUCUAAUGCGUUCAGAACAACGAUACACUAUGCAUAGAAAGAGUGGGGGGAGAAAAUCUCGUGCGCGCUUGUUCUCAAGUCUCGUUCAAAUCUCGCGAGCGCACACGUACCUUUGACCUCCCGAGAGAACUACACGGCUGCAUCAUGUCGAACUCUUCUCCGUACGUUGAUAUGACAUUUGAAUCAUAUCAAGAAUUGGACGACUACAUAUCUCAGUAUGUAGAUCAAACGUACAAAAAAUAUUCCAAAGUGCAUGCUGUUCGGUUUCCUGGUAACGAAAAGUUAUUCUACAAAACUGUUUCUUACGUGUGUGUUUGCGCGGGAGAAUACCGCCCACGAGGAAACAACGUCAGGCAACCGAAGAAAAGCCAAAAAUGCGGAUGUCCAGCGUUCAUUAAAAUUGGCCUGAACAAAGAAAAAACUGUGCUCAAAGUGAAAUCUUGCUGCUUGGACCACAACGAACAAUGCAACGUCAACUAUCCAAUACUUGACAACUCUACAGAUUCAUCCCCGGGCUCAUUAGUUGUAGAAAAAUCAAAUAAGUCGUAUUUUAUUUCCAGAAUUUGUUUUCUUUUUCGAGAGUUUUUUAUGCCACGUGCGUCUAGUCCGCGAUUCUCUCGAAUCGGCUUUUUUCGCGCGUAAACGUAUACGUAUAAGUACACGAACACGUCCAUUCUUGCGAGACGACGAUGUUUUAUUGUUCGAGAUUUUUUAUGCCACGUGCGUGUACACGAAUAUGUCAAUUCUUGCGAAGCGAAGGCGAUGCACACGCAGUAGCAGGCGCAUGCGACUUCUUUUGAAUCGCGGGUUUUUUCUCGCGUAAACGUGCGAAUGUAUUCAAAAUUUCUGCAAAAAAAGUAAGUGACGCCUCUGUCGGUAACAUGCGAGGUAAAGCAUGGUGGUGUCGACAUUUCGAAUGAGUCUAAUACUCUAAUACAAGAACAGAAACAAAACACGAUAGCUGAAAAUUGAUUUUUUAGCCGCGCCGGUAUAUGUGAAAGAAAAAUUUCUACGAAAUCAAGGCGACGCGCGCGCCUGACGGCAACAUGCGAGGUUACGAACAAAAACAAAACACGAUAAAAACCGAAAAUUGAUUUUUUCCGCGCCUGUAUAUAACAAUGAAAUAUUCCUGCAAAACGAAGGCGACGAUGUUCCUGGCCGUAACGUGAUGAUACUUAAUAUACGGUAAAUGCGUACAACAUUUCGAAAUAUACAAAUAAAGGUUUAAUUUUCUAUUGGCGCGCUUGUAUAUACGACGUGACGGAAACAAAAUUUUCAAUUUACGCGUAUAGUAUUUCUUUGAAACGAGAUAUCAACGUUUUUGGCCUUAAUUAACAAAAUUUUUACUUCAAUUAUUUGUUACAUAUUAAACAAAUUUAUAAUUACAGCUGACAUGACUGCGUCAAAGGUAUUGGACAAGGAGACUUCUGUACAGAUUAGUGCUCAACCACAACCUGACGUUUUAGUGGAUGAUUCUUCUAAUGACAACGAAGACAAAAAAGUCUUUGAAAGACCAGACAAAAAUCCUGCGUACAACGUUGUGAUAGACGAUUCAUCUAAAGAUAUGUUUGACGAUGCAACUUCUUCCAAAAUAUCUUCAGAACCUACGGAUGAACAAUUUUGUUUAGGCAAACUAGUCGAUUACUCCUCAUCGAGUGAAGAACAUGUGACACCAAACAAAAAUUUUAAUGAGAACACACUAGGAGAUUACAAGGACUUCAAAUUAAAAUUGCUCGAAACGCAAACAUCGUCGCCUACCAAACAAUUGGAGAAUAUUAACAUUGCCGUUGACAAAGCUGAACUAGCAGAAGUAGUCUUCGAAGAUGCUGAUAAAAAAUGUCGUGGCCGACCUCUUGGCACAAUACAAAAAACAUUGUGUGGAGCACCAUUGGUACCAAAUUGCCAAACAUAUGAAGACAUGAGUGACUUCAAAAAAGCCAAGUUACUUUUAUAUUUACUAGGAAACGAUAAACUUUCAUUAUUAAAUAUACUAGAUUUCAGUUACCGUUUACAGAAAGAAGAUGUCAUUAAAAUUAAUGAGAAAAAUUUAAAAGACACGUUCAUUGACAGUAAAGUUGACAUUUCUAUCUUAGAACGGUAUACUACAAAAGAUUAUUUAAAAUACUUGAAUAAGAUUGUAAAACAAAAAAGAAAGAAAAAUAUCUUCAUUUGUGAUUUGUGCUUUCAAGAAGCAGAUGAUUUGACCAUACAGUGUGACACCUGCCUUAUGUGGUAUCACUUUACUUGUGUAAAAGUAGAGGCGAAAGACCUAAAAAAAAAUGAACCUUGGUUUUGUGUUGCAUGUGUUAAUUUCUUUCAAUAACUUGAUCUUGCGCAAAAAUAGGAAAUUACUGCAUGUAACGAUUGCGCACUAAAUGUAAACUUAAUAUUUAUUUUUAAAACGUUUAAUAUUUAUUUUAGAGUAUGAUUUUUCACAUAACAAUGAAGAUGCUCUA